UGGCGGCGGCGGCGAACAAAGAGGCGGCAGGAGCGGGUGGCCGAGCGGAGCCGAUCGCAGCCGAGCCGAUCGCAGCCGAGCCGGGCCGAGCCGGGCCGAGCCGGGCCGGGCUGGGCCCAGGAGCUCCUGGGCGAUGCAGGCGUCCAGGUGGGGGUCGGUGGGUCCCUGAGACCCGUGCCCGGGCAGCAAAAAAGCCCGUGCGGCCGAGGCACCGGCCACCAUGGCCGGGGUCAGCUACGCUGCACCUUGGUGGGUGAGCCUCUUGCAUCGGCUGCCCCACUUCGAUCUGCACUGGGAGGCCACCAGCAGCCGGUUCCGGCCCGAGGACGCCGACUACCAGCAGGCGCUGCUGCUGUUGGGGGCCGCCGCCCUGGCCUGCCUCGCCCUGGACCUCCUCUUCCUGCUUUUUUAUUCCUUCUGGCUGUGCUGCCGUCGGCGCAAGACCGAUGAGCACCUGGAUGCUGACUGCUGCUGCACAGCCUGGUGUGUCAUCAUCGCCACACUGGUUUGCAGCGCGGGCAUCGCAGUGGGGUUCUAUGGCAAUGGGGAGACCAGCGACGGCGUCCACCGGGCCACCUACUCGCUCCGUCAUGCCAACCGCACCGUGGCCGGGGUGCAGGACCGCGUGUGGGACACAGGAAUGACCCUGAACCGCACAGCAGAGCCCAGCCUACAAAGCCUGGAGCGGCAGCUGGCUGGGAAACCAGAGCCCCUGCGGGCUGUCCAGCGACUGCAGGGCCUUCUGGAGACCCUGCUGGGCUACACCGAGGCCAUCCCUUUCUGGAGUAACCCGGGCGUGUCCCUGGAGAUGCUGGCUGAGCAGGUGGACCUCUAUGACUGGUACAGGUGGCUGGGCUAUUUGGGCCUGCUGCUGCUUGACGUCAUCAUCUGCCUCCUGGUGCUGGUGGGCCUCAUCCGCAGCUCCAAGGGCAUCUUGGUCGGGGUCUGCUUGCUGGGAGUGUUGGCCCUGGUCAUCAGCUGGGGUGCCCUGGGUUUGGAGCUAGCUGUAUCUGUGGGUUCCAGCGACUUCUGUGUGGACCCUGACACCUACGUGACCAAGAUGGUGGAAGAGCACUCGGUGCUAAAUGGGGACAUUCUGCAGUACUACCUGGCCUGCUCGCCCUAUGCUGCCAACCCCUUCCAGCAGAAGCUGUCAGGCAGCCACAAGGCACUGGUGGAGAUGCAGGACAUUGUGGCCGAGCUUCUGAGGAACGUCCCCCGGGAGCAUCCUGCCACCAAGGACCCCCUGCUCCGUGUCCAGGAGGUGCUGAACGGCACGGAAGUGAAUCUGCAGCACCUCACCGCCCUGGUAGACUGCCGCAGCCUGCACCUGGACUACGUGCAGGCACUGACGGGCUUCUGCUAUGACGGCAUCGAGGGCCUCAUCUACCUGGCGCUGUUCUCCUUCGUCACGGCCCUCAUGUUCAGUUCCAUCGUCUGCAGCGUCCCACACACCUGGCAGCAGAAGAGGAGCCCUGAUGAGGAUGGAGAAGAGGAGGCUGCCCCAGGGCCGCGGCAGGCACAUGACAGCCUUUACCGUGUGCACAUGCCCAGUUUGUACAGUUGCGGCAGCAGCUAUGGCAGCGAGACCAGCAUCCCAGCUGCGGCACACACAGUCAGCAACGCCCCAGUCACCGAGUACAUGAGCCAGAAUGCCAAUUUCCAGAAUCCCCGCUGUGAGAACACUCCUCUCAUUGGACGUGAAUCCCCACCACCCUCACGCUAUCUGGCUGCCCUGGACUCUGGCAGCCAUGCAGGUUGGCAGUUUAAGCCCUUGGACAGUGCCCGAACGCUGUGGUAGCUGUGCCCUCAGAGUGACAGUAUUCCUCCAGCAUGAGAGCCAAAUACCUCGCCACGAGCCAGCCUCGCCCUGACUCCAGCGGCAGUGGGCACUAGACCGCGCACCGACCAGCCACCUUCCCCAUGUGCCAAUCACCUCCCCCACCCCCAGGCCAGCACUGCUGCUUCCACCCCGCGGCUGCCUGCUGGACCCUCCAAGCGCCAGCCUGGUCCCUCUGCGGUCCCUUGCCCCUCCACUCCCCAUGCAGGGGCAUGUAGAUUCCCACCCCAGCCCGGUCAUACAUCUGGACAGACACUGCUGCCAUCCUGGCCUUGCCUGGCCAUCUGCUCUCCACGUCUCACUGUCCCCUCAGACUCACCAAGCCCCACGCUGUGCCAGGAGCUCCUGUCCCGAUACACUCCCUCUGCAGAUGGUGCACCUGACUGCCGCCCUCUUCAGCUGGGUCUCUCCCGCCCUCCUUCCCUUCCAGUGCUGAGCUCUUCCUGCUCCCACCCCCAGGCUUCUGUGGAUCACUUCUUAGUUUACAGGCAGAGCAGCAGCCCCUCUGCCUGGGUCGCUGGCCACAGAGGGACAGAUGGUCUCCAUACAGGAACCCUCCACGCACCUGUCUCUCUACAGCAUCUGGCACCAGCCCUGUCAUCCAGGCAGCUGCCCUGACCACAGCCUCACCUCCUGCCAUCGCCUAGAGCCUCUCGCCAAGGAGGGCUUAUGUUCUGCCUCCUGCCCAGCAUUGCUUUGUCCCCCAGCGCUCACCCUCCCCAAGGCACCCAGCCCACCAUGGACAGCAGGUGCUACACAGAGCCUGCAUCACUCACUGGCCUCCCAGUGCUGGCCACCUUCUUGGUGCCAAACCCCCCUUUCCCCCAACCCCAAAGACUUGGCAGCUUCAUCCGGUUUGUUUUUUGCACUAACCACGUUUGUCAUCUCUAGGGCAGGCUGGGGCGGCAGCUGAGCAGAACCGCUGCCCCAGUCCUCCCUCGGUUCCAUUUCCACCCAGGGCAGAGGCAGUGUCCCUGGAGCCCAGCCUCAGGGGCUGGACUGAGCCAGCUGUGAAUGUGCACCCAGCCUCUGCUGCCCUUCUUGGGACUAACCACUAACCUCACUCCCAGCCUCCAUGGUGCCCCUGGCCAACCCAGAGCCAGCAAGUGUGACCCAAGUCCAGCCUGGAGCCAAGGCUGGGUGGCCAGCUGGAUCCAGGGCUGGAGUAGCAGUUUCUUCAUGGGGUGCUGCUGGGGACAGGCUGCAGAUGGACGCGCAGCCCAGAGGGCCUGGAGACCCCGACCUUCCCCAGGCAGGUGCCACCUAGGAGGACCACAUCCCCAGGGUCUUGGGCUCAGGUUGCCAUGACUUCGGUCUCCCUCCCUGUGAAGUGGGAACAAGGCUUCCCGAUGGUGCUUUUGGCUUUGGUGUACGAUGUUUGCUGUGCUUCCUGCCACUGGGGGGUAUAGAACAAGCCCCCAAAUUAGGACCUUGAGGUUCUGCCUCUUUUGGCCUCAGCUCUGGCCCAGCCAGUCGACAUGGUGUGGUCUGUUUCAGGCUCUGGCCCCAUGCCAAGGCCAGGGUGGCCAGAGGCCAUUGGCCGGUGUGGCAGGGCCAAACAGACCUGCGGCUCUCCCUCCUCGAGCAGCAGACAGCUGCCUGCCCAGAAUCACCCUCCCCUCCUGGGGUGACCGUCAGCCUGCCCGUCCUCCAAACCCCUUCUUUAUGCUGGUGUUGGGACCAAAAGGGGAUGGGCAGGGCGGUGGCAAACCCUGGGCCUCCAGCCUCUGUGUUUGAGCCCCUCAGUGUGAUCAAACCUCAGCAGAAGGGACUGUCCUGCUCCAGGUGGGGGCCAUGGAGGCCGGCCACAGCCAGCCUGCUCGGCCUGCUGCUGGCGUGUUCCCGGCCUUGGGGCUGGAGGGCAGUGCCUGCCGUGUGCUCCGGGACCUGCUCAGAAGCACAAGCGCUGCCAGUGGCCAAGAGCCACCCACAAGGUGAAUGUACAUAGCAUGAGAGGUGGGCGCUGCCCGGAUGUGGCCGUGAACCUGUUAUCUCGGGAGUCCUGCCAUUGUGUGCGUGCGUGCGUGCGUGUGUGCGUGUGUGUAUGUUUGCGCACGCACAUGUGCGUGCUCUGUCUGUGAUUCUUCAUCCACCGAGGCUGAAGAAAGGAAAGGGGAAAUCAAGAGGGGUUUACACCCCAAUCUCAGCAGCUCAUGCCCUUGGUUUUCUUUCUGUUCUGAGUUUGGUGCCCCUUCCUGACCACCCUAUCCAACCACAUCACCACACCUCCUAAGAUGUCAGGCCAGGCUGCCACUCCCACCCUGCCCUCCUGGGCUCUGGAACAUGGGCGAGGCUUGACUCUGGAGAGUAGGCGGCCAUGGGGGCUUGGCCACUGCCUGACCCCAGGGCCCUGCCAGGCCCUCGGGAGGGUCCUCCUGGGGCAAGGGACAUAGUGAUGGGGUUCCCCUGCUGGCAUCCAGCACCAGCCCUCCAAAGCGAGGUGAGGUUGGGUAGUGGGAGGGCCUGGCUGGGAGCACCCCAACCCUUCUUCCUGACACCCACCCCAUCUCACUAUGCAAUUCCAGAUCCCUACCAUUGCCCCCCUACCCAGGUUCUAGCUCUGCCCAGCCCGGAGGGGGGUCAGUUGGUAGCCCCUGGGCCCUAGUGAUCAGGGCCUUUUGUGUGAGAAUCUAUGUUUAGCCACAAUGCUUGCGCUCCUCCCCUAUUUGUUACAUAUAUGAUUUUGUUAAGCACCCCCACCCCUCGCAUCUUGCCCCGAGUGCAUUAACACCCGAGCUGCACCGGGCCCGCACCCCUCAGCCUCUGUAGGUCUAUGGCUGUGUCCUGUCGCUGUGUUUUUUGUUUUCUAAAACUGGGUUUUGGGUUUGAUCUUUAUUUCUUUGGGGACUUUAUUUUUCUUGGCAAAUACUAAAAAUCUUGUCAAUGUAAUUUCUGUGGUUUCUAUUCAGCUUGGGUUUCAUGUUUUAAAAUAAACAUUUUAAAGAACA